AUGCAGCCCCGGACAGACAGCGCAAGAUUCCGGCCCACGGGCGUCCCGCCAACCACCCGCCCGCCGUCCGUCGUCGCAUCGCAUCUCCGCCGCCCCGCUGGCACGCCAGCGCCACCAACCGGCCCGGCGAAUCCGAGGCCGCAGCAGGCAGCCGACCGCCCACCGCCAUAAACUCCCACCACCACCCGCACCACCGAUCACUCCACUCCACUCCCUCCCUCAGUGUCACUCGCCUGCAAGCACAGACCAGACAUCAGCAGCAGAGCACACAAUGCAGCAGACCGCCGCCGCCCGCCUCCUGGCCGCCGCCGUGGCCGUGGCCGUGGCGUGCCUGGUGCUGGCUCCAUCCGCGCACGCGCAGGGCACGUCCGGCUCCGGGGCGAUGCCGUCGUGCGCGGCGAAGCUGGUGCCGUGCGCGGGGUACCUCAACUCCACGUCCACGGCGGCGGCGCCCGCGCCGGCGUGCUGCGGGCCGCUCAGGGAGGCGGCGGCCAACGAGACGGCGUGCCUGUGCGCCAUGCUGCUCAACAGGGCCGCGCUGCAGGCGUUCGGCGUGGCGCCCGAGCAGGGCCUGGUCCUCGCCAGGCGAUGCAACGUCACCACCGACGCCUCCGCCUGCGCCGGCGCCGGAGCAGGCACAGGCGCUAGCGGUAGUACUGCUGCAUCUUCAGCUUCCACAGGCAGCGCUGCUACUUCUUCUUCAGUGACGAAACCCACAGCCAACGGAGGCAGCCUGGCACGAAGCCUGAGCUUGACUGGCGCGUCGUCCUUGGUGGGCUUCAGCUUCAUCUGGUUGAUCAUCAUGGCCUAGGAGCUAUUGUAUGGGUAUCUGUCAUGGCACCGGCAAAUUUCUUAGGUGGAUUCAGACUUGUGUUGAGUACCAAUCACCUGUUAUUGAUUAUUAUUAUUAUUUUGCACAUAUAUGCCCUGCUGUACCAUUGCUGUUGUAAGCAAAACAAGAGAAAAAAUGUCAAGAAUGAUGGAAAGAACCGGAAGGGAAAACAUACAUGUUUCGA